UUUUUAAAUUAGUUACAUGAUCGGAAACGCGCCUAACGCAAAGGGGGUGAUUAUUUAAAGUUUAUAAUUCCUUGCCGUACGGCUAUAUAAACCACCAUCACCCAGCAUAAUUACCAGUUAUAAUCACCCACUAAUCCACAGUGAUAAUCACACGAUUAACAAUAAUACGGCUGCUAAUCGUGCCUUAACGGCCGAUCGAUCAAAACCCUACCGUACAAUGCAAAAACCACAUUCACACCAUUUCAUUUUCUCGAAGCAAAAUGAACACCCCUACCGGAGGAGAAACGGCGGCUCCGUCUACUGAGGCAGAAACAGUUGCCGCUGCGAAAGGUGGAAUGCCACCGGCGAGUGCGGCGGCGUUCGCCGAGGAAGAAAGGAAAAGGGCGUUGAUCGGAAAACCCCCGGCCGAUGACGUAUGCCCGAUCUGCUUCGGGAUUUUUGAGGUUCCAUGCAAGACGGCGCCGUGUGGCCACUGGUAUUGCGGAAAGUGCAUUUUGCAGCUGUGGAAUUUUAGUUAUGCAUCUCAGAUGUGCAAGUGUCCAAUGUGCUCCCAGCGAAUAACGAAAUUGAUUCCCGAGGCAUCACUGUAUGACAUGCUUGAAGUCGAAACUCGCAAGGUCUUACAGAGUGUUGAUGAAUAUAACAACUUAUAUGUCGGAGGCUUUUCUGGAUUUAUGCUGAAACUUCGCAUGGCUAUUCCACUGUACAUAAAGCGAAGGUGCCGCGAGGUAUUGAAUGGCGAAAGGCAGCUUGCUCUUCUCAAUGACCUACGAAUACUUGCAAUGAUCCUUGGAGCGGUUUACUCAAUCAUUCCCUUUGAUUUCCUCCGAAUAGGUGAACGAAACAUCCAUUUCUUGUUCGACCGCUCGGCCUUCGUCGCCUAUUUGAUUGUGUCUUUGGCUGCCAUUUAUCUCCAUGGAAGGCGUCAAAGACGUGUUAGGGAAAUGGUUGACUUGGAGGCACAGAACGAUUGAAAAGAAUCUGUUGACUUUGACUUUGACUUUAGAAUUCUGUUGACUUUGACCUUAGAAACUUUUUGACUUUGUAGAGAAUUACAAAUGAGAGUCUUGUGAGAAGUUGGUGUUUGGAGUCACUUUGUAUAAAUGAAUGUAGCCUCAUUGCUAAGAGAGUUGAGUUCUUCGAGUUC